AGACCAACACGGCUACCUACCUGUAAUUAAAACAUCAGUCAUUAAAAACUUCCCUGAAUAGAGCUGCCUCUAAUUUCUAUUUAGUUUUCAAUUUUACAAUUCCAAAUAAACAUUUUACAAACUUUAAAAUAUCCAAUGACUUCCCUUUCUUUUCUCUUUCCACUGUUCAUUUUACAUACCAUACAUCCCUGGAUAUUUUGCUAAUGGGACCCCUAACCAUUAGGUCCAGUCGCAGACGACUCUGGGGUUGCGGUGCUCAUCUCGCUCUAUAGGCCGAGAGAGCUGACGUUUGUCCGCAGACAGUUUUUCCAGGUCAUGUGGCCAGCACGACAAAGCCACUUUUGGCGAACCAGAGCAAUGCGCAGAAACACCGUUUACCUUCCUGCCAGAGUGGUACCUAUUUAUCUACUUGCACUUUGACAUGCUUUCGAACUGCUAGGUUGGCAGGAGCUGGGAUCGAGCAACGGGAGCUCACCCCACCACGGGGAUUCGAACCGCCGACCUUCCGAUCGGCAAGCCGUAGACCACAGCAGCACUCGCAUCCCCUGCAUAUUUUACUCUGUUGAAUUUAUCUUAAUGCUGCCAACGUUUUCAGCUGUAUACAGUAAUCUUCCACAUCUAUAUACUGUAUAUAUAAAAUAGAUGUAGAGGGUCCAAGUUUGUUAAUAUGCGGCAUUCUCCCUAACCGCUUGCCUGAUUGCAUUCAAAUUUGGCCACAACGUCACAUGGGUAUAGGUGAGUGUUUCCAUCCACAUAGAUUGGCCACAUGCCACACCUGAGCCACGAAAACCAGGUAAAACCCACUGGUUUGGAACCCUGAACUCAGAGGUCUGGGGAACCUGGGAAAUAGAAGGCAGAAGAUGUUGCAACACAGUGCCCUCUAGCAGUGGCUACGCUGGUACUACAGCUAGAAAACCUUGGCCCUCUAUCAGAGGCUACACUGGUUCUGCAGCUACUAGGCUGAAUGGAGGCUUGCCUUUACAGACUAGGCCGAAUGGAGGUGGGGACUCGCCCAGGUGUGGGUUGGGGGCAGGAGGGGACGGGAUAGGCCAUGGAUCGUGACAGGGUGGGGGGAAUCACAGGGAUGACCCACAGCAAUGCGUGCCCUGGCCAGCUAGGAUUCAAUCAAUGCUUUCCACUCUUCUUUAAAUGUAUGCUCCAGUCUGCUACUGUUGUUUUUUGUCCCACUUCUGUUGAGCUGUAGCUUGAGGCUGCCCCUCCAGAGGGCAAUAAUCUGGUAACAUCAGGGAAGCAUCUCAGAACAAAGCAGAAUGAUAUGUAUUAACCAUUAACACACCAUUGUUUUUCCAGUCAGUCUGGAGGGGUGCUGCAGAGAAGGCUUUGUCAAACUUUGGAGAACCACGACUUCUCCAUUCAUGUAGAAAUGCCCUGUUGUUGCAUGUGAUGUUUUACAUUUACACCUGUGCUCUUUCCAGUGUUUCAUUUGAUGCUGCCUUUGGAAAAGGUUGCUGCAAUCACUCAUCUGUCGGUUGUCUCAGGGCGCAGGAGGUGAAGAUGCAGUCCAUACGCAGCUGCAUCGUGGGAGGUCUGAGGGUGUGCCGUCGGCGGCCUCCGUGCUGGACCCUGCAACCGGCUGGACCCUGUGCUUGGGCUUCCACCAGGGGCUCAGAUCUUGGGGUGCACAGCAGAGAAGCAAAGUGCAAGGGAGGCCUGGAAGAUUUCCAUGCUAAGUUGGCGGCAGGACCCUCAUUGCAGCAUUUCCUACAAGACGCUAGACCUGUGCAGGAAACUCAGCGUUUGCCAGCUGAAGCAGCGGAGGAUUCAGAACCCUAUCUUGGCUCCAGAACCCUGGCAGAUGCCCCAAGAAAAGUGUACCUGGAGACUUAUGGCUGUCAGAUGAAUGUCAACGAUACGGAGAUCGCUUGGUCCAUCCUCCAGAAAAGUGGCUACCUGAGGACCAGCAGUCUGGAGGAGGCAGAUGUGAUUCUCCUUGUCACGUGUUCAAUCAGGGAGAAGGCUGAGCAGACCAUCUGGAACCGCUUACGAUACCUCACGGCUCUGAAGUCCAAGCGGCCCCGAUUGCAAGCGCCCUUACGGAUCGGGAUAUUAGGUUGCAUGGCCGAGAGGCUGAAGGAGAAGAUCCUGGAGCGGGAGAAGUUAGUCGACCUCGUGGCGGGUCCAGAUGCUUACCGUGACCUUCCCAGGCUCCUGGCAGUGGCCGAAACGGGCCAGCAAGCCGCCAACGUCCUGCUCUCCCUGGAUGAAACUUACGCAGACAUCCUGCCUGUCCACACCAGCGCCAGCCCCACGUCGGCCUUCGUGUCCAUCAUGCGCGGCUGCGACAACAUGUGCACCUACUGCAUCGUCCCCUUCACCCGCGGGCGUGAGAGGAGCCGGCCAGUGGCCUCCAUCCUGCAGGAGGUGCAAGCACUCUCGGACCAGGGGGUGAAGGAGGUGACCCUGUUGGGCCAGAACGUCAACAGCUACCGGGACACCUCCGAGGCCCAGUUCCUCUCAGCGACCCCAACUCAGCUGAGUCGCGGCUUCAACUCUGUCUACAAGCCCAAGCAGGGCGGGUUGCGCUUUGCGGACCUCCUGGACCGGGUGUCUGCCAUCGAUCCCGAAAUGAGGAUCCGUUUCACUUCCCCGCACCCCAAGGACUUCCCGGACGAGGUCUUCCAGCUCAUGAAGGAGAGGCACAACAUCUGCAAACAUCUGCACCUCCCGGUCCAGAGCGGAAGCACCCGUGUCCUGGAGGCGAUGAGGAGAGGAUAUACCCGGGAAGCUUACUUGGCGCUCGUACACCUCAUCCGAGACUCUUUGCCAGGUGUGACUCUCAGCAGCGACAUCAUUGCUGGCUUCUGCGGGGAGACGGAAGACGACCACAGGCAGACACUGUCCCUCCUUCGUGAGGUCCGCUACAACACGGCCUUCAUCUUUGCUUACAGCAUGAGGGAGAAAACCCGGGCGUUUCACCAUCUGCAGGAUGACGUGGCCCCUGAAGUGAAGCAGAGGCGGCUGAAGGAGCUCAUGACCGUCUUUCGCGAGGAGGCGUCCAGGGCAAACGCAGCCGCCGUGGGACGAGUGCAAGUGGUCUUGGUAGAGAGUACGAGUAAACGCUCAGCCUUGGACCUGUGUGGCAGGAACGAUGGCAACAUCAAAGUGAUCUUCCCAGACGUGGAGGUGGACGAUGGCACCGGCUUGGGAUCCCAAGUCCGAGUCCAGCCGGGCGAUUAUGUCCUGGUGAAGAUCUCCUCUUCCAGCUCCCAGACGCUGCGGGGCAUCCCUCUCUGCCGAACCACACUGAAAGGAUCCACAGGGUUUGGAGGAGCAGACUGAAGGGGUGGGUGGAAGGGAGGAGGCGUUUUUGGGACGGGUGCUGAGAGGGUUGCUCAGUUAAAUUACCUGUCAGUCAGCCUUCCUCACCCAUCUAAGGCCUUUGUCUUCCAAAGAGACUUGUCUGGCCGGGGGGGGGGGGAUCAGCAUCUUUGGGUGGACACGAGGAAUAUUGGCAGAAAAUUAUGUCACUAAUGACUUGGACAUGUCUGGUUUGGUCCAGCCAUACAGUUUGGCCUGUAAUUUUAAAAACCUAUGUAAAUGUAUGUCUUCUUAGAAUAAAAGCUGUUCACCUGA